AUGACCCCCAUCCCCGGAUCACCAAGAUCCGACUUGUGCGUCAAAGCGGUGAGAGAUGACCAAGCAUGGGUUCUUGUGCCAAAGAGGCUCUUCAUUGAAUGCUUCCCCGAUGAUUUCAUUCACAAUUAUGCUCACUGGUACGCCAUCGAUGGAGGGUACAUUGAAAUCAGGCCUCUAUUAUCCCCGUGGGUAUCAUCCGAGCAUCAUUGGAGAUUGCGCAAAGUGGACUGGGAGAAUUCAUGGCGUCUAGAGAAUCGGGAACAUUACCUGGUCGGCAGCAGAAGCAGGACCGCGAAUACCUUGGCUGGCAUUUUGAAUCCCUUGGAGAAGCCUCCCGAGAUUCAUGGCCGGCUCGAUAAGGUCAAAUUCACGUUAUAUAUAGAUCUUCCGCGUUUGAGACUGGAGUUUGUCGUCCCUGAGCGCUCCACGACAGUCCAGUGUCGACAGUACCCGGGCAUGAUUAUUGAUGCAAAACAAGCGUGCAAUGCGCUAGCCGGCGAUCAUGUUCGAGUCAACGUGCGAUGCGAGGCGCAAUGGCAUGCAUAUUCUAUUGAUGAGCGACUUGGGCGAUUUGUGGAUAAUGGAAGCCUACAGAGCAAGCUAUUUCUGGCUUAUUUGUAUGCCAUCACUUCGUACUUCCUUCCCGAUCCACUGACCAGGCGUACGGGCACCGAGCAGGCGCUUUCCAUUCUGCGUUCCGCGUCCGUCCGAUCAUUCGAUCGACUCCGACCGGAGAACGUCGCCAUUCUCACCAGGAUCGCUACCUUGACCCCACAGAGAAGAUUUUACCCAGAUAAUGAGCAGGUCAUGCAAAGUGUGGAGUGGAGACACGCUCUCAGCUGCUUGUCACAACACCCAGGGUUUUACGAAGAGGUAGCAGCCAUCCGGGAUCAAAAUUUACGUGUCACCUUCUACUACCCAGGCGAAGAACCUGCCAUGCCUUCUCUGCCAGGCGUGAACCAACACCUUUUACUCCGUGAUAAAAUUCGCACUUCGUCGUUCCGGGUUUCACAAUUCGGCUCAGAGGACCACACAGGCAAGCAUGACCGCCCUUACGCAAGCCGGGACGCCUAUCGCUGUUCCCCAAACAGCACUCGAGCGUUCACAAUCAGCAAGAUGCUUGUUGCAAGAUAUCCCGUGCGCGAAAUCUAG